UCCUCACUUUUAAAACCAAACAGUCCCUCCCUCCCUUCCCCCUUCUAUAUUCACACACUCUCUCUCCCUUUUUCUCUCUCCAACUUGAAGAACCUCAAAUCCACUCUCAAAUGAAGGAAAGUACCCUUAUAAAUUAAAAACAUUUGAUGGAUGAGAACCAAAAGAUCAUCAAAGCUGAAGAAAUAGAAGAAAUGUCUGCCUCGAAAAUGAUUGAUCAGAUUAACAACACCAACAACAAUAGUUAUAGUAAUCUUUCCAUAUUCUCCGAUCAGAUGAUGUUUGGGUACAACAACAACAACAACAUGUUCGACGUUGCGGCUUCUUCGGCCCCAUUUGAUAUGAUGAUGAGUGGCAGUAGUGGUGGUGUUGGUGGUGGUGGAGGAGGAUGUGACAAGACUAAUAACAAUAACAAUAAUUAUUACUUGGGGUUUAUGGAUAUGCUUGGAUACCAAGAUUAUUUGGGCGGCGGCAGCAGCAGCGGUCCAGGUUCCUUAUUCGAUCUGCUCCCACACACUAUGACUACCACUGCCACCACCGCCACCACUAACUCCGCCCCAUUAACAGAAACAACAACAUCAUCACAAGUGUUAGUGCAGCAGCAUCAGCAGCAGAGCGUGCAAUCUUUAGUAUUAGUAGAUCCGUCUACUAGUAGCUGUUCUACCAUCGUCGUCCCCGGGGAAUCAUCGGAGGUUGUUAACACCCCCGCCACCCCUAAUUCUCUCUCCAUUUCGUCGUCGUCGUCCGAUGAGAUACCUCAACAGCAGAGUAAGACCGCCGAGGCCAACGACGAUGAAGACGACCAUCAUGCGGAGGACGACAAGUUUAAGAAACAGUUGAAGCCGAAAAAGAAGAACCAGAAGAGGCCGAAGGAGCCGAGAUUUGCGUUCAUGACAAAGAGCGAGGUUGAUCACCUUGAUGAUGGCUACCGUUGGCGCAAGUACGGCCAAAAAGCCGUUAAGAACAGCCCUUUCCCACGGAGUUACUAUCGUUGCACCACGGCAGCAUGCGGAGUGAAGAAGCGUGUGGAGCGUUCUUCCGAUGAUUCAACCAUUGUGAUGACCACCUACGAGGGACAACACACCCACCCGUGUCCGGUAAUGACACGGGGAGGCCUUGGUAUUGGCAUCGGGAUGGGGAUGGGGAUGGGGAUGAUACCGAUGCCAAACCAUCUGAAUCAAUGCAGCACCGCACCCACCACCCCAUCUGCUUUUGGUGGAAGCGGUGCUGCAUCUUCCACUCUUCUUUUCCCACACCCUCAACACUACCUCCAUUCUAAUAACAUCUACACUCAUCACCAACAACUACAACAACAACAACAACAACAACAACAACUACAACAACUUCCGAGUUACUUUCUUAACCCAUCUCCAACUUCCUUGAGCUUCUCAUCACCUAGUGGCGGUGGCGGUGGUGGUGGCGGGCAACAACCUAACCCGAUAUCUAUCCAGAGAGAGAUGCGUCCUCCUGGUUCAUCCUCGUCGAACCAGGUUAGAGAUGAUGGACUUCUACAGGAUAUUGUGCCAUCACAAAUGAGAAAUGAUCAACCAACAACUAAAGAAGAAUAGAAAAUCUCGAUUUUUUUUUAAAAUAUUUUCUCUAUUCAUAUGAUUAUAAUGUUGGGAUUUUGUUACAUAGUAAUAGUAUAGUAGUAGUAUAUCCUAUUUUUGUGUCUUUAUUAUUUGCUUAAUUAGUUUAAAGUAGGUAUUAGCGCGCUAACUUUCCGAGGAGGAGGAGGAGGAAGGAAACCCAAUCUAGCUUCAUCAUUUCUCAAGAGGCCCUCAUCAGUAAUCUUGGUUGUGGAUUAUAGUUGAUCAGGGUAUGUAAUUUUUCAAGGUUUGGGUUCAUGAAUUUCCUAUAUUCUUUUCUUCUUUUAUAUUUUCUGUAUAUCAAGAUUUUUCCUUAAUUAAAUCAUAAUUAUAUUAUGGAGAAUAUUCAGUUAA